UCAAGUCCCCCUGGGCUUAUUCAGCCACACAGAGACACGGUGCUGCUGUUUCCUGUCAGAUGCCCCAAGUGCCUGAGACUAUCUAUCAGCUGACAGUGGUGGUAGGGUUAACCAGUGACUUGGGGGAAAAAAAGAACAGGCAACGUGGGCGGUGCGCGCUCCAGGGACGCGUGCGCGCGCCCAGCAUUCCGCGCGAGCCAGAGGAAGGCAGAGGGAACGCGAGCGAGCAGACAGCAAGCCCUGCCCAGCGAGCGAGUCUCUGUGAGCGAGCUGAGCUAGCAAGCGAGAGAGCGAGUGAGCGAGCGCCGGUGGAGCCCGCGUGGAGGGAGCCGCCGAUCCAUCCCGCAACAUGAACACCCUGCUCUCGCGGGCGAACUCGCUGUUCGCCUUCACGCUGAGCGUCAUGGCGGCGCUCACCUUGGGCUGCAUCCUCACCACCGCCUUCAAAGACAGAAGCGCGCCAGUGAGCCUGAAAGUCUCCAGGGUCCUGCUCAAAAAAGUGGAGGACUUCACCGGACCCAGGAAAAGAAGCGACCUGGGCUUCAUCACGUUCCACAUCUCUGCGGAUUUGGAGAAGACUUUCGACUGGAACGUCAAGCAGCUCUUCCUUUACCUCUCGGCAGAAUAUUCCACGAAAAGCAACGCUGUGAACCAGGUGGUCCUGUGGGACAAGAUCCUUCUGCGAGGAGAGAACCCCAAGCUGGAUCUGAAAGAUGUCAAAAGCAAGUAUUUUUUCUUUGACGACGGGCACGGUCUCAAGGGAAACAGGAAUGUCACUUUGACUCUGUCCUGGCAAGUUAUACCGAUUGCUGGCAUUCUGCCUCUUGUGACUGGAUCUGGACGCGUGUCUGUCCCAUUUCCAGAUUCGUAUGAAAUAGCCACGGCUUUCUGAAGAACUCUCUCUGCAUCUGUUGAAGGACAUAUGUGUGCUUAUGGAAACAUAUUUCCUUCAUCUUUUCCCUCACGUCUUGCUGACUUUUGUGUUUUGUUUAUUUUAAAACGUGCUGGGUUUGUGUCUGGGACUGGCUGAAGUCCUCAUCCUCAUGCUUCCAUUUACCUAACACAGAGACUGCAUUCAUGGAUCUUCCUGGUGUGAAAAAUGGUUGUUACGUUUCCUUUGGUAUAAGAAUCAACAUGAAAUUGUAUAGUUGGAGGAGAGGGGUUGAUAAAGUAGUUAGUGUACAAACAGCAACAACAACAGAAGUUCACCAGAGCAGAACAUUAUCAGACAAUUGCAUAUGGCUUGAAAAGAAAGCACAGUUUUGUCAUAGUCACUGUGUUAUUCUGUGUGUAAUAUAAAAUGUGUUUGGAGAGAAUUUAAAAAUUUGAUGUAUGGGUGUUGUCAUAAUAACUUCAUGUUUUAUUCCUGACAUUCCUUGUAGGUUCCCGAUGAAUGCCGUUUUCAUAUAUCUUCUAGGAUGUAUUUGAUCGCUAGGAAAAUUGUGAUUUGCUUCUUAGAAGUUUGACAUACAAAAUUCGUAAAUAGGUAUGAGAAUGAGAAUUUGCCCCCAUUUCAGAAAUCUGAAUGCUUGUCUUUCUUGCCAGCAAACGUGUCCACUUGAAUAGUGAAUGCCUCCUUAGUCUGAAAACAAUUGUAACUCAGUUCAUAUCUCCCCCAUAUCAAAUGUGUGUCUCACAGUGUUUUCUCUACAAAGAUUGCUGUGCGCUGUAUCUUUGCAAAAAUGUCUUAGCACUGUUACUGACAUUUGAAAAUGUUGGCAUGCUUAACAUGUGCUGAGUAUGUUCUAGUAUGUUUAAUACCCUUAAAUAAAUCCUUACUGCUUAAAACUGU